UUACAUACACUUCUUCAACAUAAAAACACACACAUUACGCCCACAACACCACCAACAACAACAACAACAUUCGCUACGCAAUUCAAGCCAAAAACUACAACAACAAAAACAACCACUGCCACGCGCUCACUCGAUGGUGAACUUCUUUGGCAGCGAGAAGCCACCGAAUUCAUAGAACGAUUCCCUCAACGUCGUCGCCCACAUGGCACACUUCGUCCGAGCGCUUCCGCUGGCGCGCUUUAUAAGAAAGGCACUACCAUAACUACCAUCAAUAAGCGCGCCAGUGGUGGUGAGCUGUUAACUGCACAGCAACGGCAUCAACGUGAUCUCUUCAGCGGCGACUUGGGCAUACCAGAGGUGCGUUCCCAUGUCGGCAGUAUGGUGCACACUUUUGAAACGCUCGCCCUGCAACGUAAACUAGCCGAUCAAGAGCGUGCCAAAGAGCGCGCCUGGGCACUGCAACAACAGCAGCAAUGGGAGCGAGAACAGCUGCAACUACAACAACAAAGUAAGUACAAUAUGCCGUUGCUCACAAGCGCAGUGCACACGACCACUUAUACAUAUGACACGCCCACACAUGCGUCACGCGCAUCACAGCACGGCACCAGUAACAGUAAAUACCAUCAACUCAAACGUAAAUCACACGAAUCGCGUCAGCGUCUAAUACAAUUGAGUAAAGAGCAGCUGCUAGCCGCCUUUGGCAGCAGUGGUGGUAGUAAAGAUAAGCGCUCGCGCGCUACACAAAACCUUGCUAGCAGUUGUAGCGCACAAACGCUGCCCGCUGACAGCAGUGGCGGCAUUGCAGUGGCAGCUGAUGGCAGUCCGUUUAAGCGGCGCAGCACUUUGAGUCUGCAGCGCGCGGAGCAAACGACGCGCGCCGCAAAUGUUGACGAUGAUUUGGCGCAACAAUUUUGCCAUAUGGAUGAUGAUUAUCGCAAAAAUCUUUUUGGCACAUUGGCAAAUCGAGGGCGCGCGCCAAUGCUGCAUUUUGCGAUGAGCAGCAGCAAUGACGUGAGCGGUGACGCAAACGCUGGUGCGCAUUAUAAUAGCGCGCAUGGCAGUCAAGAAUGCGAGAACAAUGACUUGAGUAUUGAAAACGAUGAGACCUUUAUUGUGAAUGCCGCUUUCGAUGAGAUAUUUGCCGGCUAUAGCGGCGUCGACGAUGAUGAAGAAGAGGUUAACACUGCUGGUGGUGAAGAGCAAUUGGUCAGCCUUAGCGAGCUGGACGACGAUGUCUUCAAAUCGCUCAACUCAAGCCGAGUCAAUAAUCUAGACUGUCCCGGGAGCACACCAAUGAAAUUGCCGCUACUGAAAAAGGCACCACCGCCACUGCCACCAGCUGCAAUACUAAAAGCUUCAGCAAUUAAAAAUACAGCGCCAUCUUCGACGCGCAAGCGCACUAUAAUGCCGCUUGCCAAACAAAAGCAACGUUCCACUACGCUGCAUAAUCUCUUCGAUCGUCUGAAAGCGUCGCAGUUUAAAGCAAAGCGUCCCUUCGCCAAAAUGCCUUCAGACAGCCUACUCAAGCAGGACCAGCUGAGUAUCGAGCAGAUGACGCAUGCGUUGCAUAAAUAUCCACCACAAUUAGAUUUGUACCGUGAGUUGGGCGAGGGUGAAGCCACCGAAGAACGCCCCGUGGUCAACGAUGCCGCCGAUCAGGACUUUCUACGCGGCUCCACACUAAGUCAAUCGUUUGUGCGUCAACUACAUUUGCGUCAAGAUAAAGAUAAGGCGAAGAAGAAAUUGCCAGCGCCACCGCCGCCCAUCAACGUGCGAGUACAAUCGAACAGCGCCAGCGGUGGCGUAAAUGCUGUAAAUGGCGCACCGCGACCACACCUCUCACAGCGGCGCACUAAGUCGACAAACGAGUUGCUGCUCGACGAUUUGGCAGUGCAAGCGCGCCGUUAUCAGCGCGCAGCUAGUCGUAAGUACGCAGCGCCUGCAACACCGAAAAAGCAGCAAACAAUAGAGGCGGCAGUAGACGGCGGUGAAGCAGCACCGCGCUAUAAACAGACCAGUGGCAAUAGUAGAGGACAUGGCGUCGGCGCUGAUACGACGCGUAGUGGCCGCAGCACAAGUGGUAGCUAUUUGCGCGGCAGCGCCGAGAUUUAAUGGGUAACAAAAGAAUGGCAGCACUGAGAGUCUCGCCAUAAGCUGAAAUAAAUGGGUGUUGUUGACGCUGUCAAAUUAUACCCAACGUAAAUGUUAGUUAUAUAAAAGAAGAUAUAUAUAUUUAAUAACAGUAUUAUAAUUGUACUAAUUAUACUAAGCAAUCAACUAAUUUUGCCAGUGUCAAUGUUAUUUAUUGCCAUGUUUUCAUGCAAUCAACAAUUAAGCAUUUAUUUUGAAUUUUGAUUAAAACAUAAAAAAUAAUAUUCUGAAUGUGACUGAUUUUUUUUGUUAGUGUACUCGUGUUAUAACCAAAAUAUUGAUUCCUUACGCAAAUAUUUAAGCCAUUAAACGUGUUACAGUUAAUGUUAAAUCUAAUACAAAUACUAGUGUAAAGGAAAAUCAAUGUAAAUAAAUCUUAGCACUCUAAUAGAGGACUAAAAAUUUAAUUUUGUCUUAAAAAAUAUGCUUAAUAUUUAUUCUAAUACAUACUAAUCAGCUAAUUGGCAACAUCUUUUAUAUAAGUACUUGCGGAAAUGUUAUUACAGUGGGCUCUGCUUAAUUGCAAACAACCCAAUGGCAAAUCGAGUAUUGAAUACAAGUAAAGAUUUCUCUAAUAAGAUGUUUAAUCUCUUUUAGGAAUUCCAGCAAAGACCAAAAAGAUACUUUAUGCUUGAUUUCCACUAUGCAUUAAAUGACCAAAAUUUUUUGGUUUUUUAAAGUUGGCCACAAAAAUUAUUUCAACGCGAUAUUUUUUGUCACUUCAAUGCCGAAGUCAUUUUCAUACCUAAGGGAACCAGAGCCUCUCAUGUGAAGCCUAACCAUUUUCUUCUUUCUUUCUAAAAAUCCAUGAAUGGAUUAUUGGAUACAUUGAUUUAGCGAAAGAUGAACUCAAGUGAGCUAUCUGACUGCCAGCACUUCUAUUCAAAGGGCAAAUCUGUCCACAAAGUCGUUUCUGAUAUCGGCUUCCAAGAAACUAACAUUAGACUUUUUUCUAGAUAUAGAAGGAGCCUUCCAGAAGCUUACGCAGAGUCACUGCUCAAAAAUUGUGCUUCCAACACAAAUGGCGUAAAUGAAGUGAAAUACUUGGGCGUCAUUUUGUACAGAACAUUGACCUGGCACUGUCAAAAUGGAAAGAUACUAGGUUCGGUCAUAACAACAUUCGAACUAACUACUGCGAUACUUUUAGGUCUCCAGACUACACAAUAGCGCCUCUCGAUUUUGAGACCAAGUUCUCCACACAAGUCCACAAGGACUGAGAGAACGAUUUGGUCUGGAGUCUCCAAGAUAACUUAACAGCCGCCUAUACGGACGGGCUAAGCAUAUUGAGUGGGUUAUACCUGAAAUACCUCUCACUAAACCUCUGCCUUCCGCGGUCAGACCAUUUCAGUGUCUUCCAAGCAGAGCUCAGGGCCAUAAAAUAGGCUGUACUUUGGCUCAUCGAAUAUUCCUUUAAUCUGCCUUCAUUAACCAGAUACUCCAAUAGCCAAGCAACUACUAAGUCACUGGAUUGCUGUGAAACCUCGUCAAAAAUAGCUAUAGAAUGUAGAAAAGUCCUCAAGAAGUUGGUUCCAAAGUACUACUACCCACAUUGUGUAGGUGCCUGGUGACAGAGAAAUAAAACGAGCUUGCGCGGAAGAGAACCACCCUGUCUGACGUCAACUCUUCAUACAAGUGGGCUAUCUACCUGUAAAACACACUUCCUCGAGAAGACAAAUAAUAUCAGGUCAGAAGAAUCCACGUUUGGAACGACUCGACAAAAACAUCUUAAAAACAAAAGCUUAACAAAUUUUUGGCAAAAUGUUAUUUAACUUUUUUUUAA